UUUUGGUCUCCUUCUUUACACCACCUGAAUGGAUCAAAGAUCAUUAGAAGCUGCUGCUAAAUCUGGAAACAUUGAUCUACUGUACGAACUGAUCCAUGAAGAUCCAUACGUUCUUAAAAAAAUCGACGACGUGCCAUUCCUUCAUACUCCUCUCCACGUGGCAGCCGUCGCCGGGAAAACAGAGUUUGCUAUGGAAAUUAUAAACUUGAAACCGUCUUUUGCCCGGAAACUUAACGCGGACGGACUUACGCCGUUACACCUCGCCGUGGAUCAUGGUCACUUCUGGUUCGCACUUGAACUAGUUAAGGUUGAUCCAAGUCUUGUUCGCGUUAAAGGGAGACAUGGUAUGACACCAUUGCUAGUUGCGGUAAGCAAAAAGAAGAUUGAUCUGAUAUCAGAAUUCUUCUUGGUUUGCCCCGAAAGCAUUGUGGACGCAAACGUUAACGGAGAGAACGCUCUUCACAUCGCCAUGAAUAACUACGACGAAAGAGAUCAAGGACUAAUUAUUCUUAAAGUUCUCAUGGGAUGGAUCCUAAGAUUGUGUCAGAAAGAUGCCGAGUGGAUUGAGACAAGAGUCAUAAACCGAAGAGACAAAGACGGUAACACGCCUUUACAUCUCGCGGCGUACGAGACCAAUCGUCAAGCUAUGAAAUUGAUGUUAAAGAGUUCCAAUAUCAACGUCAACAUUGAGAACAAGAACGGUUUCACUGUUCUCGACGUCGCUGCAUUACACAAUAACAGAGAGAUAGAGAGAAUGGUUAAGAAACAUGGUGGAAAACGCUCUGUUUCUCUGGUUAAGAUUAAGACAACAUCCGACCUACUCGCGUCCAAGCUUUCUUGGAGAGAAUCGAGACGGACAAAGAAUAUUCGGUUUUAUUCUUGGAUUUCUGAAGAGAGAAGAAACGCUCUUUUAGUGGUCGCAGCUCUGAUAGUCACAGCUACUUAUCAGACCGCUCUCCAGCCUCCCGGAGGCGUGUCAGAUGGCGGCGGUCAAGACGGUGGUACAAGCAGGUUCGAAAGCGGGUUCAGUGGUGGCGGUCGGAACGGUACAAAAACGAGCAGUCCGAAAGCGGGUUCAGUGGUUAUGGACGAGAGCUAUUAUAUCCAGUUAUGGUUAUGGAACAGUGUGGGUUUCGUCUAUGCCAUUUAUCUGAUGAUACGCAUGUUGAGUUUAGGAAAAGAGAGUAUGUUUUGGUAUUACCCUCUGUUCGUUCCUCUGCUCUUCGCUUACUCAGUUGCAGGAGAUGUGAUCAAGCCGAACGUAAACGCGUUCAUGAUCGCAGGUGUGGCUGCGGUCGUGAUUCUGAUCAUUUGGGAAUUGGUGGUUGGGUUUUGGGAAUGGGUGCAGGCUAAGAGAACCAAGUUGCGUGGACCCAAGAGUGGAUUGGUUUGGGAAGGUUUCACUACGUUGGAUCAAGCUAGAGGUGCAACGCCUAAUAGGUAUGUCAUGAGGUGAUCUUAAUUUCCCUCUUAGUAAUUUACUGUUGCUUUGUAUAAUUCAUCUUUAGAAUGUAUAAUACUACUUUACUUGGGGAAAGCAAAUGUAAAUGUAUGAAUGAUGUAUAUUAUUUGCAU